CGAAAACGCGAAUACUACGCAAUUACUACGAAAACCUCGAAAACCAAGACGGGCCGGUAUUUAUCAUUAUAUUAUUUAUGAUGUUCACCUACCACUGACUACUGAGCAUAGAUAAAGAAAUAAUGCUUCCGAGUACUGACUGCAUACAACUAGUAGACUACCCCAUUCGUGAGUCUUGACCAAAUGUAUAUAUAGUAAAAAUAUAGAAUGGAACGCGUAAGGCCGUAGCCCCUUAGACUCGCCACCACCUACUGAUAUUUGGAAAAUGAUUUCGAAAAAUGGUAUCGUAAGUGUUUACGGUUUUCUGUUGGGCUUGUCCAACUUAUUCGUGUGGUUGCUGCUUGGGAAUAGCGACCUGCUGGACACCUAUGUCGACCCUGCAGUUGUGAACCCGUUGCACUUGUUCAUCGUCUACGCAGCUAUCGCCAACGUCCUAGUAUGCGUCGUCAACCGAGGAACCACGUAUAAAGUAUGUGCACAGGCCUUGUUCUUGGGUUUGGCCAUGGCUGCAGGAUUGCUGAUCUCGAUCCAGGCACCGGCCUCCUGGAAGCCUUUUGGAUGGUACAUAUGUGUGAUGGCCAUAUUUCAUUAUUCAGAGUUCCUUAGCAUAGCUGUGUGUAAUCCUAAGACUUUAACGUCCUCAUCGUUCAUGUUGGAUCAUAGUAUCGCCUACGGUGUAGCUGCUGCAACUAGUUGGCUUGAAUAUUUAUUGUGGCAUUACUUCUUACGUGAUAUGAAAACUAUUCAUGAAAUCAGUUACUUUGGUCUUCUGCUAUGUGCUUUCGGCGAGGCUUUGAGAAAAGGAGCCAUAUGGACUGCUAGAGAUAACUUCACGCAUUUAGUGCAGCAAGAAAAAGCGCAGACUCAUACACUGGUCACACACGGAGUGUACUCGUGGUUCAGGCAUCCUAGUUAUGUUGGAUGGUUUUACUGGUCCAUAGGCACACAGAUUGUCAUGAUCAAUCCUGUGUGCGUGGUGGCGUAUGCGCUGGCCAGUUGGAAAUUCUUCAAGGACCGAAUCUACUACGAGGAAAUCACGCUCUUGAAUUUCUUUGGAGAAGACUACAUUUCAUAUCAGGAAAAAGUCGGCAUCGGCUUACCGUUUAUCAGGGGAUUUGUGGUGACACGUGACAAACAAUAAGAAACAAAUAUUUAUCCAACUCAUAUUAUCAGAUUGGUGGAAAUAAACAUUAAAAACAUUCUAGGCAACCAAACAUAUUGUAAAUUUGUUUCGCACACGAUAAAUUAACGAAGUGCAUACAAAUAUGUAUAUAAUAUAUUUAAAGUAUAAAAAUACAGAGUAAUAAAAAAAUUAUUGUUAAAUUACUUUUUGUGUAAAAUAAGCGAUUAAAAAAUAGCACUUACAUUUAUACUUAUGUAUAUAUAUAUUUUUUUAUAACGUGUAUUUUGAUAUUAAUAUUAAUCAUAAUAAUAAUAAAGGCUUAAUCUUAUUUU